CUCUUUCUCCUACCUAUUUGAGCCCUCUCCCGACUUCCUCCUUUCCCGCCUCCGCACGCACUUCCCAUCGGAUCCCUUCUUCAUUCGAAAGAGAUGAGGCCCAGUGCCUCCUUCACUCUGCUUCUCCACUUACUUCCAUUUCUAUCCACUUGUUUCUCCUCCGAGGAAUACGAGUUCCGAGCCCUACUGUCCGUCAGAUCUUCCAUCAACGACCCGCUCGACGCCCUCUCCAGCUGGAGCAACUCCACCCCUUCCUUCUGUAACUGGCACGGCAUCACAUGCGACGACCACUCCACUUCCCACGUCUCCAUCGUCCGGCUCUCCGGAAAGAAUCUCUCAGGGAGCCUCCCUUCCGUGCUCUUCACGCUGCCGUUCAUCCACACCCUCGAUCUCUCAUCCAACGGUUUCUCCGGAGGCAUCCCACCCGAAGCCUUCUCCAAUCUCUCCUCCUCCCUUCGCCAUCUCAAUCUCACCAACAACCACCUCUCCGGCCCAAUCCCGCUCCGACCCGACGGCCGAGAUAAAAUCAUCAACAGCAGCUUGGAGAUCCUCGAUCUGUCCAAUAACUACCUCACCGGAGAGACACCGGAUGAGAUCUCCAACAACUUUCCUCGUCUUAAGGUCCUCGAUCUCGGCGGGAACUCUCUCCGUGGACGAAUCCCCAGCUCCAUCUCCCAGCUUAGAACGCUAGAAUUCUUGACAUUAGCCUCGAACGAGCUCGUUGGAAGGAUUCCUCCCGAACUGGGAGAGAUCACGACCCUCCAAUUCAUAUACGUCGGGUACAACAACCUCACGGGCGAAAUCCCGCCGGAGAUCGGCAAUCUGACGGCUCUCAAACACCUCGAUCUCGUGUACAACAAUCUCACCGGUGCAAUCCCGGGCUCCGUCGGAAAUCUCCACAAACUAAGGUACCUGUUCCUCUAUCAGAACAGCCUCUCGGGUCCGAUCCCGCCGUCCAUAUACAAUCUGACGGCGCUGAUCUCCCUCGAUCUCAGCGAGAACGAUCUAACGGGCGAGAUCUCGGAAGAAGUGAUCAAACUCGAGAAUCUCGAGAUCCUCCAGCUCUUUUCCAACCGAUUCGAGGGUGCGAUUCCGCGGUCCAUCGCCGCGCUUCCUCGCCUUCAAGUACUCCAGCUCUGGUCCAACCGCCUCUCCGGCGACAUCCCGGCUGAUCUCGGCCGCCGGAAUAACCUCACCGUGCUCGACCUCUCCUCGAAUAACCUCACCGGCGGAGUACCAGAACACCUCUGUUAUUCUCGCCGCCUCGUUAAGCUGAUCCUCUUCUCGAACUUUCUGGAAGGCGAGAUCCCCAGCGGCUUGAGCCGAUGCCGGAGCUUGGAGAGGGUCCGGAUCGAGAACAACAGGCUUUCCGGCGAGCUACCACCAGAAUUCACGAAGCUUCCGCUCGUCUACUACCUCGACGUCUCCGGCAAUGGGUUCUCUGGCCGGAUAGACGGCCGGAGUUGGGAGAUGCCGGCGCUCCAGAUGCUGAGCCUUGCGAGGAACGACUUGACGGGGCCAUUGCCGGAUUCUUUUGGGAGUGAAAACAUCAAGAAUCUGGACCUUUCUGAAAACCAGUUCUCCGGCGGAAUUCCGGCCGGCCUCGGGCGGUUUUCCGAGCUGGCUCGAUUGACGCUUAGCAAGAACCAGCUCUCCGGCCCUAUCCCAGAACCGAUCGCGGAAUGCAAGAAACUGGUGAGUCUCGACGUCAGCAAAAACCAUCUCUCCGGCGAGAUUCCUGCCGGACUCUCUGAUCUACCAGUCCUCACCGAGCUUGACCUGUCAGAAAACCGCUUCUCCGGAGAGAUUCCCCAAGAUUUGGGGAAAACCGGAUCUCUGGUAUUUGUCAACCUCUCCCACAACCAUUUCCACGGCAGUUUGCCGGCGACCGGAGUCUUCCUCUCCGUCAACGCCAGCUCGAUCGCUGGAAACCCAGGCCUCUGCGGUGGAACUGCGAGAAGUGGCUUGCCGCCUUGCACCGCCGCCGUGGAGAAAAAGCCUCGGCGGUUUUCCGUCACUGUUCUAAUGGUGGGUCUUUUGAUUCUGCUGCUCUCCGUUCUUUUAUUGCUCUUGAUCCUCCGGCGCCGAAGGGAGCACAUUUAUCUUAAGAAGGUCGAGAUAAACGGAAACGGCGUUUGGGAGGUGCGAGUCUUUGACGAGAAGGCAUCAAAAGCGAUAACGGCGGACACCCUGUUGACGUCGAUCAAGGAGGGAACGGUUGCGGUUCCUGACGGCGCCGGUGAUGGGAUGCUGUUCGCCGUCAGGAAUACGACGGAUAUCCCGAGUAUCGGGUGGGCGGAGGUGACGGAUAUGGGGCGGUUCCGUCAUCGAAACGUGGUGGGCUUAGCCGGAGCGUGCCGGUCGGAGACGAGAUGGGUGCUUAUAUACGAGCCCGUGGAGGGAGGGAGGAGUUUAAGCGUUGCACUGAGGGAGCUUAGCUGGGAGAAGCGUUGCAGAGUCGCCGUCAGCAUCGCUAGGGCGUUGCAUUGCCUGCAUCGCAGAGGAAUGUUAUUACACGGGAACUUAACGGCAGGUAACAACGUCGUUUUGGACGGAGACGGCGUGGCUCGCCUCUUGAUCAACGUCUUCCCUUCGGGGUUGGAGGAGGGGAAGAGGGAGCUCGCGGAGGAAGAGAGCGAUGUAUACUCGUUCGGUGUGCUUCUGGUGAUGCUGCUGACGGGGAGAUGCCACGUGGAUGCUGAGGCGGGCAAGCAUGGUGGGGUCGUGGAGUGGGCCCGGUAUUGCUACUCGGAGCGUCAUUUGGACACGUGGAUCGAUCCGGUGAUGAGAGGGCAGCUCGCGGAAUACCAAGAUGAGAUGAUCAGGGCCAUGGAAUUGGCGGUUCGGUGCACUUCGGUGGAUCCGUUGCAGAGGCCGUGCAUGAAGGAGGUGGUGAAAGUUUUGGUAAAAUCCGUUGAGAAGCCAGGGUCAUGGGUCUCCAAAAUCAAAAGGGCAUUACCUAUAUAAAUAAGUAUAUUUUUCACUUUUAAUUAUGAAGUGCUGUGUACUUGCAUCAUUACCUCCAAACUUUGUGUGUUUUAUAUUAUUAAUAAGUGUCGUACUAAAGGAUGAUUGUAUCUGCGAGUUUUAAUUGUGUAAAUAUGUAGUAAAAGGCAUGUGAAGUUAUAAAUAGUAAUUCUUAGCA